AUGCCGUCCACCCGGUCAACACGGAGGAAUCCUGAGGUCAAGACUACCUCGACAGCGGCGGAUGAUACCCAACAGACAGCAAAGUCAGGAAGAAAAAGAGGGCCAGGUGUGAAUCAAGCCUCGCCGGCCAAGAGGCCAAAGAAGGACUCCAACAACCCGCAAAUACGGUCUGAGGCUGAAGGAGACUCUAAAGAUACAGACACCUCAGCCCAGAACAAAGUAUCAAAGAGCGGGAAAGAAGGCAGGGUAGAAAAGAUCAAGCCUGAAGACGAGCAGGAGGAGGAAGAAGCAGAGGCCGUGAUCACGAAAGAUACAGCCCAGAGCAGACGAAAGACCAAGGAAGAUACAUCCGCAGAGAUGGCACCCCUAGCAUCCCGAGCUACCGGGCUUCGGAUGCGUCCAGAACUCCAUUCCAAACAGCAUUCACAUCGGAGGAAGUGGGAUAAUCCUCCGCUCCAGGAAGAGCACAGAGACCGGUUCAGGAGAGCAUGUAUCGACAACAACUACGAUGCUGCAAAACACAUCCUGCCGCAUGGCUCGUACCUUGUGAAUCUAGCCCAGGAGGAUCCAGCCAAGGCGAAAGUAGCGUAUGACUCGUUUUUAGACGACCUGCGCCGCUGUGAGGCCCUUGGUAUCAAGCUAUACAACUUCCAUCCAGGGGCAACGAAUAAGACGUCCCUUGAGUCUUCGCUCUCUCGCCUAGCCAAAGCUCUCAUAUCCGCUCUUGACGCGACAGAGACGGUCAUCCCGGUGCUCGAGACAAUGUGUGGCCACGGCACCACCAUUGGCGGCCCACUGUCUCACUUCCGCGAUCUGUUCGCCCUGAUUCCGGAGUCGUACCAUCCUCGACUCGGCGUCUGCGUCGACACAUGCCACAGCUUCGCUGCAGGGUACGACCUGCGCACCCCCGCUGGCUGGGAAAGGUUCAUGACGGAGUUUGACGAAACCGUUGGCCUUAGGUUCUUGCGGGCGUGGCAUUUGAACGAUUCGAAAACGCCCCUGGGCAGCAAGCGAGACCUCCAUGCCAACAUCGGCACAGGAUUCCUGGGACUGAGGGCAUUCCACAACCUGAUGAACGACAAGAGGGUGGAAGGGAUGCCCAUGGUCUUGGAGACCCCGAUCGACCGGCCUGUGGAAGGUCCAGGGGGAAGUGCCAAAGGCAAGAAGACGGUUGAAGAUAAGUCUGUCUGGGCCGCGGAGAUAAAGCUGCUGGAGAGUCUUAUCGGCAUGGAUCCCGAGGGCGAAGAGUUCCUUGCCCUGGAGGCUAGGCUGGCGGCUGAAGGGGAGGAAGAGCGAGCAAAACAUCAAGCCAUGUUUGACAAGGCCAAAGAGAAGGCCGGCCCGAGCAAGGACAUCCGAUCCAUGUUCCGCAAGGCCUCAAAGGAGGAUGGCAGCGGACAUGAGUGA